AUGUUGCCCCGGCGACUCUCCGUGUACCAUGGCUUGGGCAUGCGCCAGCGUCUGUGCGGGUGCCAGCAGGGAGCGUGGCGACCGUGUGCCGCGCUGCCUGCAUCCAUGGCGGUUUCCAUGCGGGACUUUGCGGGCUCGGCUCUGUUGCACCCCGAUAGGCGGGAGCGGAGACGCAUCAGCCGUUUUCUUGUUUCCCACAAGGGCGUUCAGUGGAUGUUGUCACUUCUUCCGUCAUGCGGUGACAUAAGGCGGGGCUGGCGGAGUUUACGUGGCACGCGCGGCGGGGUCGCUGUCACCGCCCCACAUGUGCUCCGAUCUGCGCAGCCGGGCAGCGGCGGCGGGCCGAAGGGCGGGGACGGCAAAAAUAAUUCCGAGGAGGAGUCUGACGGCUCCGCCAUUCCAGCCGAUGGGGACGGCAACGAGGAUUCAUUGGUGGAGCGCUCCGUCCUUUUUGUGCUGGUCAUGUUCCUGCUUUCGUACUUGCUCUACCGUCUUGCACAGCCUUCAGGGAAGCGCACGGGGUGGGCCUCACUGAUGAAGCACGCUGACGUCGUGGAGAGCAUUCACCUCUACCAGAACUAUGCGCAGGUGUACAUGAAGGAGGCAAAGGUGUUCCUUGGCCUGGUGGACGACCAACACACGCAACAAAAGCUGGAGAGGUUGCGGGAAGCCUGCAUCGCCGCCAAGGUGAAGAAGCAGCAGACGCAGAAGGAGCCCAAGGAAGCAGCGACGCCCACGGAGUUUGCCGUUGCUAUUCAGGGAACACCGCUGGCGGAGCAGGCCCUUGUGGGCCUGGGCGUCUUUGCAUGGGUGAUUCCGUUUGUAUUUUUCCCAGUCUUUGUCAUGAUUCUCUCCAACUCGAUUGGCAAGUCACUGGCGGCCACUAUGGAGGCAGGGAAGCGGUCACAAAAGGUGAAGGACAUGGUGUUUUCUGUGGAGCGCACCUCCAACACACGCUUUCACGACAUUGCAGGGAUGAAGGAGGCGAAGAAGGAGGUCACAGAGGUGGUUGAUUUUCUGCGGCAACCCGAGCGCUACACCGCGCUGGGGGCGAAGAUACCAACCGGCGCCCUCCUGCUCGGCCCACCAGGCACGGGAAAGACCCUCCUCGCCAAGGCAGUCGCGGGGGAGAGUGGGGUGGGUUUUAUCCCGGUCUGCGGGUCCGACUUUGUCGAGCUCUACGUUGGCAUGGGCGCCCUGCGCGUGCGACAGCUCUUUGAGACAGCGAAAAAGCAGCGCUGCGUGGUGUACAUUGACGAGAUUGACGCCAUCGGGCUUAAGCGGAGCGGGACAGGACACGGCGAGAAGCAGGAGCAAGAGCACACGCUGAAUGAGCUCUUGACUCAGCUCGACGGCUUUGGCUCGGGAAAACGGGGUGACGUGAUGAUUCUUGCGUCCAGCAACGUGGCGCAGGAGAUGCUCGACCCCGCGCUGAUCCGCCCCGGUAGGUUUGAUCGCAUCAUUCACGUCGACAUGCCCGUCAUUUCGGAGCGGAUUGACAUUUUCAAGGUGCACCUCAGCGCCCUGAAGCUCCGGCAGGAGACGGAGGAAACGGCGGCGGGGAGUGACACCGCCGCAAUAGCACCUGAGACGACGACAACAACGGCGGCGGCGGCGGGGAGUGAGGAGCAGCCAGCGGAACGGCAUGUACCGCAGGAGGAGGGAAGCGCCGCGGUGGGCCACGCGGCGGGCACUGCGGGUGGCGGCCGCGACGCAUCCAAGGCGACGACGGCAUCUUCAACGGCGAAGGAGUCGGCGCUUAUCGUCAGUACGCUUCAGGACGAGUUGGAUGAGGAGAAGCAGAGGCUGGAAGAGGAAGAGAGAGCUUUUGGUCACGCCUCGUUUGAUUUCCGUUCUCUAUUGGCGAAGAAGAGCGAGGCGGAGCGCGCUCUCAUCAGCGUCUAUGCGGAGCGUUUGUGUGGUCUUUGCCCCGGCUUUGUUGGGGCUGAUAUUGCCAACGUCUGCAACGAGGGGGCAAUUCUCGCCGCCCGCGAGGGGUGCAAGUACGUUGACAUCACCCAUCUUGAGCGUUCCAUUGACCGCGUACUCGCCGGCAUUGAGCACCGCAGCCGCGUGCUCACGCCAUUCGAGCGGAACGUCGUUGCCCACCACGAGGCGGGGCACGCAGUGGCGGGGUGGUUCCUCCACCGUGCAGACCCGCUCAUGAAAGUCUCCAUCGUUCCACGCGGCGGCUCCGCCCUCGGCUACGCGCAAUACCUGCCGAACGAAAACCGCAUGCGCACGGCGACGGAGAUUCGCGACUCAAUCAGCGUGACGCUUGGUGGUCGUGUGGCGGAGAAGAUUUUCUUUAACCAUCUCUCCACGGGCGCCUCUGACGAUCUUCGAAAAGUGGCCUCCAUGGCGUACCAGUACGUGAGCUCCUUUGCGCAGCAGCCUGUGUACCCGGCACCCGGGACGGAAGGCACGCGCUACGUAAAGCCGUUUGGUCCAAAGGUUUCAAACGAAUUGGACGUCGAGGCCAAAAAGUUUGUGGAUGAGGUGUACGACUCUACGUACCAACUCCUGUUCUCCAAGAAGGCGGAGAUGGAGAUUCUUGCCAAGCACCUGCUUGAGAAGGAGGUGCUUACGUACGACGAUGUGGUGGGCUACCUCGGGGUGCGGCGGCCCCGGCUUUCGGACCGCAAGAAGAGGUCUGGGGAGGGGUUCUGCAGAGCCGGGUUGGGACUCGGCGGCAUGUAA